AGGAUGUGUGAAGGUUGUCAGAGCAGGAGAAUGGCUUUUUGAGUGAUGGGGAGAGGGAUGGUGCUCUGCCUACCAUGCUGCAAUGUGCUGGAAAUCCGUGUCGUGCCUCCGAGCGGCAGAGGCACGGCGAUGAGGAUUUAAGCAUCUGUAGUUGCCUUCACCUGUCAGCUCAGAUGUUACCCGUGGUAGGCACAUCCGUUUGGCUAGCGCUCUGGAGCUGGGAGCAACUUGAGGAUAAACGAGAAAUUUAAACAGCUGCCUAGGAUUUAAAUGGCUGCAUUUGGGAAUGAGUAGAGUAUUCCCUGCGUAGCUGUCGGUGCCGAAUUGAGACGUGAUGGCAGAGGUCCCCGUCGCCGCUUGAACCUUGCGCUGUUUUUCUGCCCUCGGGAAGUCGUCGCUGGCCUGGCGGAAGUUGCAAUUUCUGAGCAGUUUUGUCCGGAAGACUGUGCUCAGGUUAUGACGACUAAUCCCAAACCGAACAAGGCAUUAAAGGUAAAGGAGGAGUCAGGAGAGAAUGCCCCAGUGCUGAGUGAUGAUGAACUCGUGUCAAUGUCCGUACGGGAGCUGAACCAGCACCUGAGGGGUCUCACCAAAGAGGAGGUCAUCCGUCUGAAGCAGCGGAGGCGCACGCUGAAGAACCGGGGCUACGCUGCCAGCUGCCGCAUCAAGCGUGUGACUCAGAAAGAGGAGCUCGAGAGGCAGCGGGUUGAGCUGCAGCAAGAGGUGGAGAAGCUGGCCAGAGAAAACAGCAGCAUGAAGCUAGAGCUGGAUGCCUUGCGCUCCAAGUACGAAGCACUCCAGACCUUUGCUCGUACUGUGGCGCGAGGGCCUAUUACCCCGACCAAAGUUGCCACCACCAGUGUCAUCACCAUCGUGAAAUCAGCCGAGAUCUCAUCCAGUUCUGUGCCCUUUUCAGCAGCCUCCUAGUGCCCUCGGUGGGGGGAACUAGCAGCCUUUCAGAGGGGAGGGGAUAAGGCUCUUAUGCAUUGUUCCGGAGUCCUUGGUCACGGCAAGAAUUGGCAUUUUAAGAAGUCUCUUCCAAAAGUGCAAAAAACCAGAAGAAUAUAAAAAAAAAGAAAAGAGAAAAACAAACAAACCCAAAGGGUUCCUACAAAGGGAACUUAACUGGCUGCUUCUGUCUGGACUCAGUGGCUCCAUCAACCUCUCGUGUCCAGGAUUUGAGCUCUGUAUGCAGUACAAAUUGCAAGAUCUGCUUCCUCCUUCCCUCUGCCUCCACAAACCCCUCUCAGCUGUGGGCAGCUUUCCAGCUGGGAGAAGAUACCUGAGGAGCCUCCGGAGUCUUCGUGAAUGAUGCUCAAGAGCCAGGAAACAUAUGGACCGUAGAAAUCAUCAUGUGAGAUGAAUGUAUGGGAAAAAGAGUUUCCUUUAGUGGCCUCCUACUCCUUGUAAGAAGGGUCUCCCCUACCUUCCCCACUUCCACCUGAUGUUAUGAGGGCAGGAAUAUAGGCUUUUUGGGUUUGAUUUCAUCCUGCUAACAGUGGAUGGGAGUGGGAGGAUGAUGGAGAUAAAUGCUUGGGUCUGACCACACCCAUUAAGAAUAACCUUUUGUUUUCAAUCCAUGCUGUUAAAAUAUGGAAAAAUAUAUAUUUUACAUAUUUUAAUAUGCCCCGUUACCUGUGUGGCCUGUAAAAAAAACUACAUUGCAGCCUCCUUUAUUCCAAGCCCAAGUUUCCUGAUAGCUCCUUCCCAAAGGUGUGCCUGUGAAUUGGAUAUAUUUAUGCAGUUUAUUUCUUCCAAAUGAUCCACAGUCUUGAAGUAGCAGCUUUUUUUUUUCCUGGGUUACCUGAAGCUGAAGGGAGGGAGGCACAGUAAAUGCUGUGAAGAGCAGUGUGGUGAGGAGGAGAAGGAGAGAUGAGGAGGAAAAAUGCUGCACGUAUUAGUGGUGGAGGCAGAAUUGGCUGGGAGAGAAGGUGGGACAGUUCUGCUGGGAUCAGCACUGCCAGAAGGGGUUUGUGCAGAGGGUGUUGGAAAGAUGUUUCUAAAGCACUGAAGUGUAACUAGAGGGUAAUAGCAUUCAGCCAGGAGGAGAGAAGUUUAGAGUCUCCUCUUUGACAAAAGCAUUGGUAUGUUAGCAAUUAGCAUCCUUAGCUGGAGAGCUGUGCUCACCAGUCCUUGGUGAUCAGAGAAGGGCUGUGGGGAGGUCAGAUGGGAGCUUCAAGAGACUUUCCCUCUCCAUAGCACAUCAGAUGCUGGAUUUGGGAUCCAAAGAGUACAGUGAACAACCCUCAGUGUUCAGACAACCUGUGUGAAUGUGACCCUGAAACUUGAUGCUUUCUCUUGCAAGUGGGUGAGUUAUAAUGAGGGCAGGAUGGAAAAUCAAUGUGCAUGUAGGGGGCAGAAGAAUUGGGAUGGAGAAGUCGUUUGUUUGGCUCUGAGCAGUGGUUCGGGAGAGGGAUUUCUGGCUUGGCAGUGGGCAGGAUUUGGGAAGCUGAAAGGAGAGAUUCUGCUGUCACGCAGCAGUGAUGAAACAAUGAAUGUUUCCAGGUCACUGUAAAAAAAAAAAAAAAUAGCUAUGUUGGUGUUUGUGUGUUUUGUUGUUGUUUUUUUUUUUUCCUUCUUGAAGUAGGAAAUGGAAGGGACUGUGUGUUUUGUAGGGCAGGUCAGAGACUUAUGGAAUGGACGAUGCCUGUUGUCAUGCAGGUGAGAAGAGAAUGAGAUUGCUGAGGUUUUGAGAUGAGGAGAAGAGCUUAGAGAAUUUGGGCUCUGGAACAAAGAUCACGGAGAAUUUAUAAGUGGUUUGGACUGAAAGAGAAUAAUCAAGUGCUACCGUUGUUGGAAAGAGGACAGUGAACUGGCAUCUGACACCCAGUAUAAUUUGUUGUUUGAGGCUUUGUCUUGCCUUGAAUGGCAGUAAGUUGGUAGAAAUUUAGUGAAGCCCUACUUGUCUUUGGAAGAAGUUGUUAGCUUGCUUUUUCUUUUUUUUUUUUCACCUUGUCAUCGGAGUCUCUGGAUUUCCCAGGAGGAUCCUUUGUGAAAUAGGUUAAUGAAAAGAGAAACCUCAGACUUGGUUCUCAUUCAGUCCCCAACAUCGACAGCCGUGACUUUACUGAGCCAGAAAGGGUGUCAGUGAAAUGCUUCCUGAAGGCUCGUUCCCCCUGCCAGAUCCACACGUUUUGGAGGGGAGCAGGAAGUUUCCUUCAAGUGAUUUUCCAACACGUAGAGUUUGGAUGGCACUUAGUGUUACCUCAUUUCUCCUCCAUUCCCUCCCUAUCUCCAAACAGGCAGAUCGAUGUCCUGUGUAUCAGUACCAGUUAUUGACUCCCACAGCAGAAGCUGAGGAAGAGAAAGAUGUUACGGUCAUUUCCUGGUCCUCUCAUGUUCUCCAGCUCACAGACAUUGGACACUUUCCCAGACCUUACAGGUGCCUCCAAAAACAGGCAAAAUGGAGACUCCUGGCACUGUUGGGGCUUUAAAUGAAAACUUCAUUGAAAAAGGCCAGUUGACUUGAAAAUGCCCAAAUGCUUCCAGUCUUUAAAACAGCUCCAGAGCUCCAUAACAUUCCUGGCUAGAUAGGAACACCCUCUGGCUGCCCUUGACACCCCUCCGGGGAAAUCAGACCUGUCUCACUGAAGGGGACAGAGGUUGAACUUUGUUCCUGGGGUCUUCUUGCUGUUGGAAUGAGUUGAGAAACAUAUCUUUAUGUGGCACUUCCCUUGUGGCCAAGUAUUUCUUUUUUUUCCAGUUCUUGGAAGGGUGCCAAAGGCUUGUCCAAGUGAUUGCUAGUUUAGUGCUGGUAGGCACUUAAAUCUCUGGUCACUCGAUAAAGAACAAGAGGCCUGGGUGUUGUUAAAGCUGUUGAUACCAUAGCCAUGGUAGGUAAUCCAUAUUGGAUAUCCAUAAGGACCACGUGGAAAUAUUUAAAGAGAGAGAAAUAUAUAUAUAAAUAUAUAAUUAUAUACAUUUUAUCGUACAGAUUUUUCGUAAAAAAGAAAAAAAAUAAUUUUUUUUCCAAGUUUGAUACUGUAAAUCUUUAUUAAAAGAAAUUGCCAGUCCAGGGCUCCCUGGGUGGUGACCUGGAGGAGAAUGAAAUGUCCUGGCUAAACUUCCACAGAGGGAUCAGAAUUGCAAGGUAACGUGGAGGGAGGAAUGACCCGAAAGCUGUUGAUUGCAUUGGAGACCCAGCUCCUCCACCCUCCUCCCUGGAGGGCCCUCCAGCUUGGGGUUGUCGCGUUGCAUUCCUCUGGGGUUCGGUUUGUUUCUGUUGUGUUUUAAUUUUUUUGUUUUGUUUUGUUUGUUUUUUUUUUCUCUCCGUCCUGCACUUGCCAGCCUGACACCCAGGGCGAGCGCGGCGUGGGGAGCUGGCGGCGUGGGAUGCGUCCCGCAGCCGCACCUCCCGCCUCUCUCUGCUGUAGUACCUUGGAUGGCUCCCUUCUCUGCCCCUCUUAGUUUGUCCCCCCGACCCCACUGAGGAGGAGCGGGCACUCUGAUUUUUGGGUGCUGGGAUCCUCUCCCCUGGGCCUGGCCUUUCUUUGGUUGUUCCCCAUCCACAGUGUGACGUGGGAAGCGAGGCUGGGUGGGAGGCAGGAGAAGACGAAGGCGUCGGGAAGGGACACCUCUGUUCUCAUAGACGUGUUUGCUGUGCUCUCUGUUGGGAGUGGGGAACCUUUCCCUCCAGGGCAGCUCCAGAUCCCUUUGAAACAAGGCAGCGUCUCUGCUCCUGCCCAGCUCUGCAUCUGCCAGGAGGAGACCACAAAGUGCAGAGACCUGGGUGCCACGGCAGCUCCGGGACGGCGGGAGGGACGAGGCGCUGGCGGUGGGCCGGGGCGGAGGCAAGCUGUGCCACGGGAUGGCUCAGACCCGGGGAGGAGGAGAAGGUGGCAGUUUUUUCUCUCUCGAAUCAUUUAAACUUCAUUGUCAUGAUUGUUUUUAUUUAAAAAAAAAAAAGGCAAAAAAAGAAGAAAAAAAAGGAAAAAAAAAAAGAAACAAAACAAAACCGAAAAACUUUUGUAAUGUGGAUUUGUUUUCCUUCGUCUGUAUUUCAGUCUGCUGGGGUGUUUCCGUAGAUGGUGGAUACUUGCUUUAAUUUUUUUAAUGAUAGAAGUCUUCUGUUUUAAGUUGUUUUUUAUCACCAGCUCAUUCUAUCCUCUGUGGUUACUCAGUAAUUUCAUUUCAAUAUUUAUUUUUGUGCUGCUUUUUUAUUAUAAAAUAAAUUAUUGAUAUACCAA